AUGGAACAACAACAGGGUUCAGAUACACACGACGCGUAUCCUGAGCGCGCAUGCGUCGUUGGUGCAGACGUCGAAGAUAAUCAGGAUCUGGAGGGAAGGAACGGGGGAAUAGGUGCGUGGUAUAGCGACACAGCUCUUUACUCGAAGCUGACGACGGGCAGGUCGGAGAGCGAGCGCGAUCGCUUCUUAACCUGCUUGCGGGAGGUUGACGAAGACAGAGACCAGGUCCGACUGUCCGUACAUCCCUCCAUCAUUCAUCGAGUCCAGCCUGCACGCAGGCCGAACCCAUGGAGCUCAAUAUAUCCAGACGCUCCUGCCAAGCUCUACAUCCUGAGAUCUUACAUCCUGUUUUCACCCCCUAGAUGCACUACGCUCCGCCAGCAUAUUGCUGCGCCCACUUUGUGCGAAUACGAUACCGCCGAGCGUGAAGUUGACGCCAUACGCGCCGAGUAG